AUGAAGAAUAUUCCUUAUGCAUCUGUUGUUGGGAGUUUAAUAUAUGCUCAAACUUGUACCAGACCAGACAUUAGUUUUGCUAUCGGAAUACUGGGCAGAUAUCAAAGUAAUCCAGGAUUAGAUCACUGGAAAGCUGCAAAGAAAAUUCUCAGAUACUUGCAAGGAACAAAGGAUCAUAUGCUCACUUAUAAAAGAUCUAAUCACCUUGAGAUGAUUGGAUAUUCAGAUUCAGAUUUUGCUGGAUGUGUUGAUACAAGAAAAUCAACAUUUGGCUGCUUAUUCCUAAUAGCCAAAGGAGCAAUUUUAUGGAAGAGUGCGAAACAGCCUGUCAUUGCUGCAUCCACUAUAGAUGCUGAGUUUGUAGCUUGCUUUAAGGCUACUAUUCAUGGAUUAUGGCUGCGGAAUUUUAUUUCAGGACUUGGAAUUGUUGACAGUAUAGCCAGGUCACUGAAAAUUUAUUGUGAUAAUUCUGCAGCAGUUUUCUUCUCUAAAAAUGACAAGUAUUCUAAAGGGCUACCACAGCAACCAACCAAACUUGGGCUACUUAUUGAACCGGGACUGAGUUGA